AUGGCGAGUCCUGGGGCCUCCGGGUCGCUGAAAGAGCUGCUGGCCGAGCAAAUACCAAGAGACGUGCCCAUCACCUUCUAUCACUACUCCACGCCUCCCUCCAGGUCGUCCGCCCUCUUCUCCGCUCCGCCCCAUGGCAAACCCGAAAAGACAUACUGCGAGUCGCAUACGCUGGCUGCUUCCGUCACCCCCAAAGAUGCCGUCGCCUCAGCAUUGCCUGAAGAACUGCUUGUGCUUGCCAUUGAAGUUUUGAUCUACACUACGAGAAACCUCACCACCAUCUUCGUAUCCAAGGCCGAUUCGACAGGCUACAUUUCCGAGCUACAACUACCGCGGUCGCAAUCCUCGUCGCCCUUGAAGGCCAUCUGCCGCACAUUUGUAUCGUGGCUCGCAGGGGAGAGACAGAGGGACGGCAAGAAACUGGUCAUAUCUUUAUUCGCACGGGCACAGGACCAAUACCUAUUUCCCGCAAGCAUUGAGAACAAGAACAAGCACGUACUGGACGACAGAGGCCUGGUCAAGUGGUGGUGCAAAGUGCUCGAUCCGAUCAUAUGGGAAUACAAGGCUGAAGGAGAGCGGAAACCCUUGCCCCAACGCCUUGUUGAGGAUGAGCCGGUCGAGACGGACAGCGCAGCAUCACCGUCCGAGUGUACAGCGAAGGGCUACCUAGUGAUCCCGGGCUUUGAACCAUACGAUACGCUCCGAUACAUCCCACCGACUCCUGCCCCGAACACGCCUCGGCGAUGGGCUACCACGCAUCCGCUCCUUCAAAUCGCUCCCCAUCCUGCUGCUCCACCGCGCUGCCUCGUUCCACAUUUCCCAGACGAUCCAAAGGCCAGAUUUCUUGACGAGCUGGAUGAGGAACUUCCCGAUCGAGGCUCAGAUGCUAUGGUGGCUGAUGGAGGUACACCUUCGAGGAGCAAUGGGCAGUGGAAGAGCGUCAAAACGCUUGACCAAUUCUGGGAAUUUAUGGCAUUCAGACAAGAGUGUUCCUCAGGCCGAAUAGUAGGCUUCAUUUGGGUGGUGAUUUCACCGCCGAAGCCUGCAAUACCCGAAGAAGACGAGGAUACGCCGUCGCAACAAUCCGCGUCGCAAUCAGUCGCACAAAAUGAAUCUCAGAAGAGCGCCUCUACACCUAAACGCCCAAAGACAACCCGGAGGAAGAGAGAAUCUAGGCUCAAAUACGGGCCCAUUCCCUUGGUCCUGCCCAAGAUCAAGUCAAGCUCAUCAAACCUAUCGAAUUGUUCAAAUACGUCCAACUCGGCCAAGCAGCUACCGGAAAACAGUCCCUAUUGGAAGUGGCCUGCUUCCUCUCGUGGCACGGUUUGCUUCUCGCUAAAGAACUAUGAUCGUGCACAUGAAGUAUUGUUGCAACAGAUGUUUGCAAACCGCGCCGCAGCAGCACGAAGCACAAGGAAAUGGAAAGAGGAAAUCGCCGUGUUGGGUGGCGUGGACGACUGGGGGUUCAGUGUGAUAGGGAGAAAAGAACAUGUGUCCACAGGCGAUUCUUCAGGCUUAACAAGCGGCACGGCACCUACUAUAGUCAUGGGUGUGCGAAAGAAGAGGAAGCCAGAUGCCUCAGCAGAGGCAACAAAUGCGGCACAACAGUCGGCUGAGUCAGUGCAAGAACUGGGAACUGACAUAGUUCGUAAGAAGGUCAAGACGGAGUCAAUCCCACCUGCUGAUGUGGGGGCUGCCAACGGGGUGAAUACAUUGACGGCAGGGUUGGUACGUAAGAAGCCCAAGGCCUGA